CUUCUGCUUUCUCACGGAAUAAUGUUGAAUGCUCGAGAUAAGAAUGGUGCAAAGGCACUUCACGUAACCGCUAUAGCUGCGAAUUGCUUUUCUCAGUUUCAAAGCGAGGAACUUCGUAUCCUAACACGAAUGAUUUGGCCUUUAGAACUAUUGGCAGUAUUACUAAGCCCAAAUUCGCCCCUUGCAACCAUCUGCUUUUUGAUAUCGCGUGGUGCUAAUCCCUACAUUACUGAUAAUUCAGGUCGAUCAAUACUGGACAUUUUUAAUGAUAAGCUAUCAUUGAAGUCUUUAGUGGAGUUGCAAAUCUCAAAACGUUGUCCACUUUGCUGCGAAUAUAUAACGACUGUAAAAGUUUUUGAUGGUAGAAAAAUCGCAAUCGGUAAGGAUAUUGCAGUGAAAACUUCUAAAAAUUCUAAGCUAGAAAAUACUGUAGAAGUUGGUUGCGAGAAAAAAAGACAAGAUUCAAAGAUUUGUUUUAAUAUUGUUUUUCAGUGCGGUCAUGCAGUAUGUGCUGAUUGCAGUAGAGAAGCUCAACUGAAAAUCUGCCAUAUUUGUAGGCAAAAAAUUAAAAAGCGUACAACACUUUAUAUAUGGACUGAAAGUGGAUCAACUUAA